CGUCCGUGAAGGCAACGGGAUGUGUCGUCACUUCCGGUUGCAGGUCUCUCCAUUGCAGCCAUUUUGAUUCAGAACCGCAUCGCUGCAGAGAGAGACACUCUGGAAAAGGUGGUGAGUCGAUAGGAGAGAGAGAUGUGGGACCAGGGAGGACAACCCUGGCCGCAGUGGCCUCUGAGCCAACAGCAGUGGAUGCAGUCAUUUCAGCACCAACAGGAUCCAGGUCAAGUGGAUUGGGCAGCCCUAGCACAGGCAUGGAUCGCUCAGAAAGAGUCAACAGGAGCAGAGCAGCCCAACAUCCAGCCCAACGGCCAGGAUAUUCCAGGCAUCGAACCUGUCGGACAGGGCAACCAUGGGGCCUUCCAGGGUGACCCAGCGUUUGGCAGGAUGUGGCAGCCAGAAUGGGGAAUGCACGGUCAGCCCCCUCCUCCUCCGCCCCCGGACCAGGCCUGGAUCCCUCCAGGUUCAGGACCGAUGGAUGUGGUGAACCCCAGUGAGGACAGCAACAGUCAGGACAGCGCAGAGUUCAACUCAGAAGCCCACCAUGGGGUUUACCCCCAGAACAGCCAUGGGUAUGGGGCACAGCCCGACAGCUACGCCAUGGCCCCCUUGGCCAUGAACCAGUUUGAUUAUCAGCAUGGAGCUGCAUCCACAUACGGCCCCACACCCACAGGCUUCCACUCGCAAUACUGGCAGGGCCCACCACAGAACAGACGAGACAACAGACCCCCUGGGUUCAGAGACCGGCCCCGAUCCCCGAUCCAGCUGCCUGUGAAGCCUGUGGAGGCCCCUGCAACGUUAGAUGCUGUAAAAAGACGCACACUACCUGCAUGGAUCCGAGAAGGCCUUGAAAAAAUGGACAGAGAAAAGCAAAAGAAGCAGGAACGAGAACGAAUGGAGAAGGAGCGUGCAGAAAUGGCAAAAGAUGAUGGCAAAGAGCAUGAAGCAGAUGAGGACAGUAAUGGGCCGCGUGUGCCUCGCAAGAGUAAAUUUGACAGUGACGAUGAAGGGAAUGACGAUGAUGCUGAAGAUAAGACGUCCAUGAGGAAGGAGUUUACCGGUCGCAGUCCAUCACCUCCAGCUGAAGACAGCGAAUCUGAAAUGACAGAUGAGGAAAAGGAGUUCCAGUUGAUGCUCAUCACAAAAACGUUGCUGACAGAGAUCCUUCUAGAGGUCACUAAUGAGGAAAUCCUGCAUGUGGCUAAAGACGCUCACCGCAAAGCCACACGAGCUCCUGCAAAACAGCUGGCACAGUCAAGUGCACUGGCUUCUCUGACCGGUCUCAGCGGGCUUGGUGACUAUGGUUCAGAUGAAAGCGAGGAUGAUGAACGCAGCGUCCGAGGGUCUGAAUCUUCUGAUACUGAUGAGGAGGAGUUACGCCACCGUAUCCGGGAGAAGCAGGAUGCCUUCCGCCGCAAAGAGCGAGAGAUACAGCUGCUACAAGAAAAACAAGCACAAGAAAUUCUGCUUGCACGUGAGGACAUGGUGAAGGAGAGGUUGAACAGAGAAAGGGGGGAAUAUGAUGAGAUUCAAUUAGAGAACCCACACAAACAGGAAGUAAAAGACAGGGAGGCGGAGCCCUUAGCGGAGAGGCGUAGGUCCCGUAGUGAGAAGGAGGGCAGUGAGGGGAAGCAGUCAGGCAGAGCGAAGGAGCGUUCAGGACGCGGUGGCAGCGACUCCCCCACCAACGGCCACAGCAGCAGCUCACGCUCCUCCUCCAGCCACAGCAGCAGCCGCUCCUCCUCGUCCUCUUCUUCUUCUUCAGUGUCUUCUCGUAGUUCGUCUAGGUCUUCCUCCCCCCGAAGGAAGAGGAGACGUAGCCGCUCUUCUUCCCACAAGGCUCGGCGGCGUAGCCGCAGCCGGAGCUCUCACAGACAUCGCGGCGACCGUAGCGAGAAAGGCCGAGACAGGAGGAGGGGCAGCGCAGAGCGAUCAGGACACCACAAAAAUGACCGCAGCAAUUCGAGGGACAGAAGGAGCCGCAGGAGUAGAUCCAGGUCCAGAGACAGGGACCGAGGCAGAGCCAGGGGUAGAGACAGGGACAGUCGCAGUAGGGACAAGGACAGAGACAGGGACAAGGACCGGAAGAGAAGCAGGGAGCGCAGGGAUAACAAACACAAACAGAAAGCCUCCAGCAAAGAGCGAGACAGGAGGAGAGACAGGAGCCGGAGUCACGAGAAGGACAAGAAAAAGAAGGACAAAGACAGAGACAGGGAGUCCGACAAAAAGAAAGACAAGCCAAAGGCCAAAGAGAAAGACAGAGACAAGGACAAAGAGAAGGGCAGCUCUGUAGGUGCAGAGGAGAACGGCAAGUCCAAGAAAAGGAAGGAGAGUGACUCCUGCACAGACUCACAGAGCGACAGACACUCCAGGCAGGACAAGAAGGACAAAAAGGGCUCCGCCAAAGCUAGCAAGAGACGCUCUGACUCAGACUCCAGUAGAUCCCCGUCCCCUGAAGUUAGCAAGGAAAAGAAAUCUAAGAAAUCCAAACGUAGUCGCUCAAGGUCGACGGAAAAAUCUCACAAGUCUGGUAAGAAGGCAAGCCGCAAACACAAGUCUAAGUCACGAUCAAGGUCGGCGUCGCCCUCCCGUCGUAGCAGACGCUGAGGAGCACAGUUAACUUCCUGAUCCGUGCACUUUACCAUUUUUAAUUCCAUGAGUUGAGCAGGCUUGUCUCAUUAUAGAGGCAAUUGUGUAGGUGAACCCCCCUCAUACAUUUCUUUCAUCCUUUUGUAAAUAUGUUAUUUUUAAAAGAGUGACUGAAGAACAAGACAUUUUCAAUGGUAGGAGUUUUUAAUUGUGUCAUUAUGCAAAGAUUAAUAAGACCUGAUGGACACUAAAGCUCACAUUGUAUCACUUUAAACCGUAACAGGAUUUUCCAAAUAUUAUUGUAAAAUGUCCAAUAAAACUGUUCGUUCGUUG